AUGUUGCGCAAAUUAUAUGAUGAAGAACAAAUAGAGGAAGAUAAAUUUGAAGAAGAGGAGGAAGAAGAUUCCGGUCCCAUCUACGACACCGAUGGAGAAGGGGAAUUUUGUGAAAGAAUAAAUUUCUUGGUUGAAGAGGAAUUUAUUGAAGAAAUUGAAGAAGAAACUAAUUCCGUGAUCGGAGAUGAAUUUGUUGAAGCAAUUGUGGAAGAAAUCAAUUUUGUUGAUAUGGACAGAAUUGUUGAAGAAAUUGUGAUUUUUGUUGAACAACAAAUUUCAUUCCAAGAGCUUACAACCACGAGAACAAGUGAGUAUAAGUGUCACAAAAAUUCAAGUUCUCAUAUCUUUUAUGAACAUAAUUUCUUUUCUAAAGAUCUUAAAGAAAUCCAAAUUGGAAGCUUCAUUGAUCAAGAAGGUUUAUUCGUUUUUCAUCUUCAUUUUCGUUUCAAAGUGUGGGAGAUUUUUACACUUUGGAGGCCAUGGAAUGCUUAUAUUUUGCAUUUUGAAGGCCUUGGUGAGAGGUUUGAUUUUACUAAUUAUGAUCUUAAUGAUGAUGUUUUUGUUUUGUCUUCAUUCGUUGAUCAAAAGGAGAAAAAAGACUUGUGUAUUACUUUUGAUAAAAAGUUUUGUGCAAUUAGAGAUGGAGACUUUUCAUUCGUGGCUCAAAAACAGCAAGACCAAUUAUUUUUGGAUGAUGGCAGAAUUUUGUACCCUUCAAAAGACAUUAUGAUGAUUUCCAAAAAAAUAUGUGUUCAUGGUGGUAUCAAUCAGUCACCAAAAGAGGCAUUGUGUGGCAAUUCGUAUGCCUAUUUUCUAUGUUGUCCACAAACAAAACAUAUUUUCAUUAAUUCUUCAUUCAUUUUUCAAAAACACCAAGAUCGAUGGCGUGAAGUUUGUUGGGAACGAAAGAAGAAGGAUGGGCCGAGUUCAUGGGAAUGUAUGGAAGUGGUUUUUCAUCCACAAAUGGAAGAUACGGUUAGGAUUGAAUUUGGCGAGUUAUUUGAGUUAUUUGAAGAAGAACAUGUGUAUGUGGAGAAAAGACCAAGUUGA